UUGUAUAAAAUGACUGCAUUUCGGUGUAUUUCGCAGUUUCGUAUAUGAAGCAUUUUGGUUAUCAUGAAUGGAUUUAUGAAUUUCCAGUUUCACAACACAGGAAAGUUAAAAGUAAAAGAAUACUAGAUCGCUUUCUAGAUACAUAUUCACACUUUUAUUUCAAGCAAAUAAAAUUAACAUGGAAAACAAGUUUUUGGUUUUAUUUUUGUGUGUAGCUAUUGCAUGUUUUUGUUCAGCUGAAUUCUCGGCUGAUACGGUUUAUGAAAUUCUUACCAGUAAAAUGGAUAUACUUUUCUUUAAUAUAAAGAAUAUGAAAAGUGACAUUGAUGAAAUUAAUGAAAAAGCAAGAAAAACAGGACGUGAACAAUGUAAAGAGACGUGUUUGGAAGUAAAGCAAAUGUUUGAGUCAUACAAGGUAGAAAUGAAUGAGAAAUUUACAAGUCUUGAAGAGAAAGUAACGGAAAGGGUAGAUGAACUGGUUCAAGAAGUGCUUGUGUCGUUAACUGGCACAAUAAACGGAAAACUCUCUGAGGCAGAUAAUGAAAGAAGCAAGGAAAGUAAACGACUAAAAACAAAUAUGCGCAGAUUUGUGUCAUCAGAAAAACGGGCAUUAAGAAUUUUAAAUAACAAUCUUGAAAAUGAUAUCCGUAAGAAUAUAAAAAAUAUUUCAGAAAAGUCCGAGAUUCGAAUUCAAAAUGCAGAACAAAGUGUUGCACUGUUCACAAAAAAUUCUGCAAUUCGAAUGAAAGAGGUUGAAAACAAAAUGUUCGCUUUCGAAAACGCAUCAUGGAAAGGGGAACGUGGUGAUAUCGGUCCGACUGGUCCGAAGGGUGAACGAGGUAUAAAAGGCGAACAGGGUUACGCUGGUGUUAAAGGAAUUAAAGGCGAGAUAGGUGUAGGAAUCAUAGGUCAAAAGGGAGAAAGGGGAUAUCCUGGGCAAGCCGAGUCACGUCAUUCAGUGUACUUUGCCGUUACUGUAGGAACCGGAUCAACGACACUCACUGAAAACACUAUUGUAAAAUUUGAAACGUUCUAUUCAAACCAAGGUGACGGAUACAAUACAUCAACUGGAAAAUUUACGGCACCAUACAGCGGUGUUUAUCUUUUUCUUUUCUUCGUUAGGCCGGGAACCAAUGAAAAUGACAUUGCAUAUUUCAAACUUUAUAUCGAUGGUAGAUUUAUGGCAUACACAUUGCAAGAAAGUUUACAAAAUUAUAACAAUAAUAUGGGUGGACAAGCCUAUGUGGAGCAUAUGAAUAAAGGUGAGACAGCAUGGAUACAAACGGGAGAAAUAAAGGGUCGAGAUUAUCAUACUAUUAAAACAUAUGGAACAACAUUCACAGGAGUCCUUAUUAACUGAAUAGAUAAUUUUCUGUUCCAUUUGUUCACUGAUUGAAGAAUAGUUGACAGUACAAUCAGUAUACAAACCACCUGGACAGUCACCAACAUCGAACAAAUCUCAGCCUUAGAACCGACCUGUCAGCCUAUAAACUUGUAACAGACCGAAGUCAGAGGAUAUUCCAAGUGUUGAGUUCUAUUCUUGACAUAAUAAAGGAAGCUUCGUUGAGCUAUAAUGGAAACAAACAACUAUAAGAAAUUAUGUUGAAAAUUUUGAUUGAUUUAUGUCAUUAAAAAGCAACACUGUUUGGCAAAUCGUAGAAGCCCUUGGAAAAAUAUUAUGUCAGAUAUCAUUUUAUUAUUUUAGUUAAAAGGCUGCUCCGCAUUUGUGGAACGGAUUUUUAUGUUAUUAACGGCUCUUUAGUGGGCUCUUCAUUUGUAUAUUUGGCGCUCGCAAUGAAUACACUUUUUCAACAAAGAACAGUCGUAAACAUCUAUAUUAAAACUUUGAAUAGCCGAAUCAAAUUAUUGGCACAUUAUGCCUCAGAAAUCAAUAUUUUUUAAUUCUUUAGUAAUAGGAAACAUUUUGUUAUAUAUUUUAAAUAUCGGAUAAAGGGGAUGUUAGAUGUUUUUAUAACUGAAAAAGUAGCGCUGAACAUUCAGUUAUGUGUGGUAAAGAUAGCAAAAUGUUAACAAAGUAUUAUUUUGACUUCCAUCACUUUAAUUAUGCCAAUUGUCAACAUAACUAUAGACGCAAAAUAUAGUCCAUGUUUAUAGCAAAUGAGUAUAUUUUUGGAGCUAUAAUAAGAUACCAACAAUAGAAAGGUUUUGAGAUAAAAAUGAUAGCAUAAUCUGAGGCAUAAUAGGUCUUUAAAUUGAUUUACAUGUUUACUGUUUACAUAAGUCUUUGGCCAUGAUGUUAUUUAAAACUAUGUA